CAGUGAGCGGUAUGGUGUCGUCAAGUAAGCUGUUCGAUCGUGUUGCGGCUGGCCGGACCUGCCGCGACCUUUGGCAUCCACGGUUCGCUAGCUGCCUCCGGUACAAUGUGCAUUUCUGGCGCAGUAUACUGCCCGGUAGCUUCAAGCUCUACAUUCCUUUGCUGGUGCUACCGCCGCUGGUUAAGCUCAACGAUGUUACGGUACGAUAUCUGUUGGAGCACACGCUACAGUACGUGUACAUUUCUCUCUGCACCUACGUGCAGGCGGCUCUAUCCCUAUCGGCCCAAUGCGCACUUCACAACAUAUUCGGCCGACUCAACUACUGGUGCGUGAUGUUCUGGCCCUGCUUACUGGGAGUUGCGAUUGGACCACCUCUUCCAAAGCAACUUCUGCGCCUUCAAGCAAUCACCUUCUUCAACAUGAGCCUGGAAGCUGCGACGCGCAAAAGUUCCAUACCUGCCGUCCAGUAUGCACGUCGUUCCAAACUUCUAGCCACACUCACCUUCAUGGUGUUCAGCUCCAUCAUUCUUACCUGUCUGCGUAGUGGUGUCGUGAAACAGUUUUGGUUAGUAAAUCCACUCCCCGACAUACCUCAUCACAAACCGAAUGGCGGUGUUUGCAGCCAUGCCGGUCAAUGCUGGCGGUACCUAGCAAACGGCAUGCUAAAGUACGGCAUGGUAGGUGUUAUCCUCGAGGCAGGCCGUGCCGUACUACGCAAAUCCACUCUUCUCGCAAAGAACCCACUGGCCAUAUUCGGUCAGGAGUUCCGUGCCGCUUGCAAUCUUAAGCUGGGAUUGUUUCUCGCGUGCUAUGUAGCUAUCUUUCGGGCCGGUUGUUGUCUGCUGGGACGCUUAACCUCGCGCGAAGAGGUGAUCCAUGCAGCAGUUGCUGGAUUUCUUGCCGGUGCGCCGUACUGUCUCUAUCCCACCUACCAGAUCUAUACCCUUGGCCUGACGAAAGCGAUCGAGGCAGGCUGGGAGUACUGGGAUAAAAAGACACUGGGCGUCAACAAACCGAAUGGGAGCGUUACCACCACACUGCUGAGACAGUUGCACCGUUUGCCAAUGUUACGCCUGGUGCAGAUGUUUUCGUUUGGUUACUUGGGACACAUUUAUGCGUUCUAUCCGCAGGUGUCACCCGUAUUCCACCAGAAAGCGAUGGAUGUUUGCUCCACCAAUUUAACGCUGGAUAUGAAGCGUCGCAUUACCACGUGGUUAUCUGAAGUUAUGUGA